GAUACAGUUCGACGGCGUACGUGGAUCGAGAUAUACGAGCUCACUCACAAUUGUUAUCAGAAAGCAAUUAAUCAUAGUGAUCUGGAUCAAUCACGAAAUCUAUCGUAUUGAUUCAAGACGGAUUGCAGAUCUAUCUAAUCUUGACUGAAGAGACACGGAAAUCUCUUGCAGUUUCGAAACACCGGGACCCGGGUAUAUAAAAUAUUGCUAGCUAACCAAAACGAACGCAGUCGGUGGGAACAGCACGGAUAGCAAACAUGAUUCUGUCAACCUUGUCAAUUCUCGCUCUCUUAUCCUUCUCAAAUGCCGCGCUGCUGCCGUGGUUCGAUCCAAGGAUCGUAAACGGGGAGAACGCGAAGGCAGGAGAAAUUCCGUAUCAGGUAUCCCUUCAAAACAAGGGUAGCUCGUUCCACUUCUGCGGCGGAUCGGUUCUCAACGAAAAUUAUGUUAUUACCGCGUCCCACUGUGUCUCAGGGAAAACUGCGUCGCAAAUCAAAGUCGUAGCUGGUACGAUCGAUUUGUCGAAACCAGGCUCUGAACACAAUGUUCUGAAAAUCAUCAUGCACGAGAAGUAUAACUCCUUGGACUCUUGGAUAAACGACAUCGCGUUGCUGAAGGUUGAAAAACCAUUCGUGAAAUCGAAAUUGAUCUCGUUCGUCCCACUCGUAUCGGAAAAUGACGUUGUCAACCCUAAUGAGGUAGCCACUGUGUCUGGAUGGGGCAGACUUAGGCAAGGCGGCCCCACCACCAUUCACCUACAGCGCGUCAACAUUCUGAUUGCCAACCAAGAGUACUGUACGCUCAUGUACAAGAAACACGGAUACAAAAUCUACGACUCGCAUGUCUGCGCAUACGAUCCAUCUGUCGAAAAGGGAUCGUGCAACGGUGACUCUGGCGGCCCAUUGAUGGUGAAAGGCAAGCUCGUGGGUCUGGUUUCGUGGGCUAUGGGCUGUGCAUUGACCGACUACCCCACUGUCUACACGCGUGUGGCAUCCCAUCUUGACUGGAUAAAAAAGAAUGCAGUAUAAAUCGAACAGACGCAGCAGUAACUAAAAAUAUGAGGAUAAGACUUGAUAUGGACUAUGAGAUUGUAACAAAAGUAACAUAUUAGUUACUGUGAAAAUAACUGUAAAUUAUGCUUUAUAUAUUUAUUGUAUACAGCAAUAAGACAUUUCCUCCACUAUCAACUGUUUUCACUUACAAUAUCCUAAAUCCUUGUAGACCAUUUAACAUCUGAUUUAUUGUAAA